UUUGGGCUUAAGGAAGCUCUAGGCUUUGCACCUUCAUGGCACUUGUGGCUCAGAUACAGUAGCUUUUUAGUGCAGCUCUCUCUUCUUCAUAGCAUCUUGAAGCUAUCUCUUCUCUAUAGCAUCUCGAAGCUCUCUUCUCCAUAGCAUCUUGAAGCUCUCUUCUCCAAACCCAUCUCUUCCUUUUCUCGUUGAGGUAUUGGCUUCAUCUAUCUCUCAUUCCUUCAUCUGUCUCUCAUUCCUUCUCCAAAUUGUAGCUUUAUGGGUUUCUUUGUUGAUGCUUAGGUUUGUGUAAAGCCGUUGCUCCUCUCAAGUCACUCUCUCGAGACCCUCUCAAGGUCACUUUCUCGAGACCCUCUCAAACCCAUCUUGAAGCUCUCUCUCUCUCUCUCUCUCUCUCUCUCUCUCUCUCUCUCUCUUCUCUCUCUCUCUCUCUCUCUCUCCAUCUCAAGCUCUCUCCAUUUAAAUCUCUCCCGCUUCCCCGAAGCAAACCCAUCUCGAGCUCUCUGAAUAACUUACCAGAUAUUGAUUUGAGUCUUAGAUUGAUGAAGUGAUGAUAGCUUGUUGAUGCUUAGGUUUUGUGUAAAGCCGAUCUCUCUCUCUCGAUCUUGGACAUCUCUUCUCCAUAGCAUCUCGAAGCUCUCUUCUUCAUAGCAUCUCGAAGCUCUCUUCUCCAAACCCAUAUCUUCCUUUUCUCGUUGAGGUAUAGCUUCGUCUGUCUCUCACUCUCUCGUAAGGUUCAUGUUUCUUACACAAAGCUCAUGUCUUCCAUUGUUUGGUGUUAUGCAGGUAUAUACCAACAGGUGUUCACUUCCAUCUCUUCCAUCACAAAGAGGGAGAUUACGGUGAGACUCUCUACUACAUUUCAUUACUUCCAUCUCUGCGUAUUGAUUGAUAUAUGUCUUGGCUCUGUCUUGUGUCCAUUGUGUCUUGGCUCUCGUUAUAUGAACUUGAAUGUGUACCUGAGACAUGAGAUUGGUCUCAUUAUAUGAACUUGAUAUGUGUCUUGGCUCUGUCUUGUUUCAAUGCAUUGUGUCUUGUUUCCAUUGUGUCUUGGUAUAUAUAUAUGUAUAUAUCAUGCGUACUGGUUUGAAAACGACCAGAUUGGUUGAACUUGAUGUCUUGAACUUGAUGGAAUGUCUAUAGCUUUGUUAUGAUUGGUCUCUGAUGGGUAAUCUAUUUCUUUGCUCUGUUAUUGAACAAUCACAUGAGUUGUGUUUAGUUGCUCUGUUAACUGAGUUUUCUUACUUCAGAUCAUUUACUUAUCCCUUUUUUUUUUGUAGCAGGAACGUCCCUGUCGAGAAGAUCAAGAGCAAACGCCAUUGAACAACACAAAACCUGUUUCACCCAAUUCAAAACGUCUCAACCGUCAUUGGUAGCUGCUCGCACUCAAGCUCACAUUCUCUCUAAGACCUUCUCAAGCUCUCUCUUCAUGUAUGAUGUUUGAUCUUGACCCUCUGAAGUUGUUUGUCUUCUGAGUUAAUGUUCCUGUGUGUGUUGUUACAUUGCUUAGUAGAGAUCGUUAGUUCUCCAUUCAAGUGUGUUAUGUUAUUGCUUCUUCUUUCUUAGCCUUUUUCUUAGCUUGAUAUGAUCUGAUGAGUUUGUUGGUUACUGGCGUUUUGAUUGAUGAUUAGCCAAUGUAUCUUUAAGCUUGUUUCACUGAUGUAUCCUGAAGAAGUCUAAUUCUUGAAGCGUUUGACUAUUUGCAGACUCUCUCCAAGCUCAGACCCUCUCCAAGCUCACUCUCUCGGUGACAAAAGAUGUAUGCUCAGACCCUCUCUUUUUGAUAUAUGAACUUGAGGGUUGUAUAGAACUUGUUGGAUAUAUGUUGCUUGUUACCAAUGUUACUUGUUUUGUGUCCUGAUCCUUGUCUGUGAGUUUGAGUUAGUUGUUUUAGCAGGAACUGUCUUGGUAUACUUAUCUUUGUCUGUGAGUUUGAGUUAGUUGUUUUAGCAGGAACUGUCUUGGUAUACUUAUCUUUGUCUGUGAGUUUGAGUUAGUUGUUUUGGCAGGAACUGUUUUGGUAUACUUAUCUUUGUCUGUGAGUUUGAGUCAUAUUUGUUCUAUGUUCCUUUUCUUGGCUUUAGAACUGGCCUCCUGAGGAGACUAGAUAAUUUUUCCAACUUUAUGCCGAAGAGAGAAGAAAGGGAAACAGGACCAGUACGUCUAUGAAUAAAGUAGGGAAGGAGAACAUCAUGGAGGCGUUUGAAGACAGGUUUAAGAAAGGAUAUGAUUCCUGGUAAACUUUCAAGAACAAAUACGACACAUGUAGGGAGAAAUACACCAAGUUUAGGAAGUUAACUAAGAAUAGGAUAGGGCUUGGGUUUGAUAAUCUGGGAAGGAUCGAUAUGUCAGAUGAUUGGUGGAGUGAACGCGAAAAUGUUAGUUUUGUUUAUCUCUUCUGUGUAUUUUUCUAUAAAAUGCUUUAUGUUUGCUUUGCUCACUUAGAAAAUGAUGACUAGUUAGUUAGUUAGUUUCUGGAACCCUUUUGUGAUCUUGCUGGUAGAAUUUGAGUUUGAAUGAUUCACCGAGUAUUGUAGAGUGAUUCACUGAGUAUUGUAGAGUGAUAUCAUGUUGCUUUUUCCUAGUCGUUUAUAUGACACAGAACAGAGGCAACCAUGUCUGAAACGUUUUGCUUUAUGUCCUUUUAGAAUUUGAGUUUGAAUGAUUUACUAAGUAUUGUAUAAUGAUUCAUUUACGUUUGCGUUUUCAGUGAUUAACUCUUUAUUUUUUGUUAUAUAGGAGUGUCCUGGGAUUAGAAGAUCCAUAUGGAAAGAGGAAUUUAAUAUGUAUCUGUUUGAAGAAGAGUUUUGUGCUGUAGUAGUAAUUGGAGCAGAAGGAUGGAGUGCUCAACAUGGAGAAGCAAGCUUGAAUUCUAGAGUGGGUGGAGAUGAUGGUGAUGAAGCCGAUUAUCAGUCAGCAUCAGAAACAGAAACUCAAGCAGCAGCAGAGACAGAAACUCAGCCACAAGCUCAGACAAAAACCCAGAGCCAAACUCAUUCCGAAAGUUCAAGAGGAAAAAGAAAGCGUAAAGAGAAGGAUAUGGUUGUAGAAGCUUGUGACAAACGUACUGAAGCUCUUAUGGUGAAAAAUAGGAUAGCGGAACAGAUGUUGGAGCGUCAAGAAACUUCUAGUGUUGAAAAUGUGUUACAGAUAUUGUACACAUUGCCUGGAGUGAGAGAGUGGUCUCCAUUAUAUGAAGCAACAAUGGAACAUCUUAUAGACAAUGAAGGGAGCAUAAGGACUUUUAUAACAAUGAAGAUAGAUGAAGCUAAGAUUAAGUUUCUAGAGCUUAGGACCAAGAUAAAUCGUGAUGAUUGAGUAGUUUGUGAGUUUAGUCUUAAUGGCGAGAGAGCUGGAAUGGAACUUAGGACUAGUAUGGAACUUAGAACUAGCAUGAAACUUUUGCUUUUGGUCUAAUCUUUGUAUGAACUGUCUUUUGUCUUCUGUUAAUAAGAAAUCUGUUACAUUUUCUUCCAUUAUGUUUUGGUUCUGUUGUUUCCAUUGUGUCUUGUGUUAUUUUUGUGUCUUGGCUCUGUUGUUUUAUUUGGAAGAUGUUGUUUUGUUUGGAAGAUGUAACUGGAACUGAGUUAGAUAAAAUGAACUCGGGUUCGAUCUAAAUAAUGAAAGGAGGAGAAACUAAUGUUGAUGGUGAUUGGUGUGAUACUACUCAUUCUAGACUUAUAUUGGACUGUUUUUUCUUUCAUCAUAAAUUUUAAAAAUUAUCUGUCUGUUUUUUGUAAUUUUGUUCUUCUUUUAUUGGACUGUAUCUGGACUGUUUUUAUGUCUUGGCUCUGUUGUUUUCAUUGUGUCUUGGCUCUCGUGUCUUGGCUCUCGUGUCUUGGCUCUGUUGUUAUGAUCUUGAUUGUUUUUUUCCUUUUUUAAUCGUUAGAGAAGCAUGUCCUGUGUCUGUUCUAUGGUUCUCAUACUUUGAGAUUAGUUACUGUUCUAGUGUGGUUUUUGUUCCUGUCUCUGUUCCAUGGUUCUGAGAAUUUGAGAUAAGUUACUGCACCUGCGAACUUUUGAUUAUCAGUCCAUCUUGGCGAAGCUAAUGAGUCGUUGAGCUAUGAUUAGCUUUGAAUGCUAAUGGACUGACAUCAAAUACUUUCUCUUAGCCUAUUUUUGCAGAUAGGUAUUACAUCUAUUUUAGCACCUGUGAACUUUGUAACAGCAUCAGCAUAUGUCUGGUCUGGUAUAUGUUAUAUGUUAUAUGUCUGGUCUGUUAUACUUCCUAACUUGUUACAGAUAUGUAUUAUGUCUAUCUCAGAUAUGCAUUAUGUCUUUGCUGGAACUUAUGGUUUUGUAGAUGCUUGAAAGAUGGAUAUUAGAAGAUGAGGAUGGUGAUUAUGAUGAUGAGCUUGGUUUGUUUGAUGUUCCUAUCACUGAGAGAUUGAGUCAUAGAACAGAUCGAGGAGCAGGAUGGCGACAUGUUCAACAACUUAUGUAUGAAUCUGAUCAGCAAUGUUAUGACAUUCUUCGGAUGAAUCAAAGGACUUUUGAAGCUUUGUGCAAGAUGCUAGCUGAGCGAUAUGGAUUGAAAGUGUCUCACCAUGUCUACCUUGAGGAAUCUUGUUGCGAUGUUUCUCAAGAUUGUUGGUCAAGAUAAGACUAAGCGGGAUAUUGCUGCAAGGUAUCAAGAUCAUUGGAUACUAUCCAAAGGAAGCUUGAUGAUGUUUUGAGUGCUAUUCUGAAGUUUGCGGAGGAUACAUUAAGACCACAAGAAGGCGAGUUUGGAAGAGUGAGUCAUGUUUUGAGGAAUGAUGAUCGAUAUUGGCCUCAUUUCAGAGAUUGUGUUGGAGCACUCGAUGGAACUCAUGUGCCGGUUCGCCCUCCAAGUCAAAAUGCAGAAGCAUAUAAAGGUAGAAAGCAAGAUCCUACAAUGAAUGUUCUUGCUAUAUGUAACUUCGACAUGAAGUUCAUAUAUGCAUAUCUCGGUAUACCUGGUAGAGCACAUGAUACAAAGGUCUUGACUCAUUGUGCGAGGAAUGAGGCUUCUUUCCCACAUCAUCCUCCUGGAAAGUAUUAUCUAGUUGACUCGGGAUAUCCGACCAGGACGGGGUAUCUUGGUCCGCAUCGGAGUAUGCAAUAUCAUCUUGGUCAGUUUGCUAGAGGAGGACCACUAGUUAGUGCACGAGAGUUGUUCAACCGAAAGCAUUCAGGAUUGCGAUCGGUGAUUGAGAGGACAUUUGGAGUAUGGAAAGAAAAAUGGAAGAUUUUGGAUCGUAAGCAUCCAAAGUAUUGUCUGGUCAAGUGGAUUAAGCUCGUGACAGCGACGAUGGCGCUACACAACUUCAUACGUGAUUCACAUCGGGAAGAUCAUGAUUUUUUACAAUGGCAAAGUGAUGAUGAUGGAGAAGGAGAAGCAGAAGGAGUUGAUGGUGAUGAAGAAGAAGGAGAAGAAGGUGAUGAUGGUGAUGAUGAUGAUGAUGAUGAUGAUGAUGAUGAUGAUGAUGGUGGUGGUGGACAUAUUGUAUAUGAGCCGACAGAUGAUAGAGCGAUGGAAGCUUUGCGUAAGAGCAUCACAGAUGAAUAUGGUAGAGGUCGUUUACCGUAUUAAAUGUUUUAGUUAAUGACUUUUUUUUUGCUUAUAACUUUGAUUAUCAGUUCUAUGUGAUAUUUGAAAUAUUUGUUUUAUUUAUUUAAGACUUGAUGUAUUAUUUAGCUUUUGUUUAUGAUAAAAAAAUGUUGUUAAA